UCAAAAUUUUUGUAUUUGUACACAACUACUAAAGAUUUUAAUUUACAUCAAACAUAAACAAAGGAAAACAAGUAUAAACUGAUCAAAAAAUGGCAACCAACAAAGCUGUGACGUUGGCAACAGCCGAUUUCGAAGUUUUCGGCAAAGUUCAAGGCGUUUACUUCAGGAAACAUACACAGAAGAAAGCACAGGAGUUAGGUUUGAAAGGUUGGGUGAUGAACACGGCCCAAGGAACCGUAGUCGGACAACUCCAAGGACCGCCAAAACCACUACAAGAUAUGAAGGUCUGGUUGCAGAUGGUUGGGAGUCCGAAGUCUAAAAUUGAGAAAACUACUUUCCGGAACGAAAGUGCCAUCAAUAACUGUGCUUUUAGAAGCUUUGAAAUACGUCAUUAAGUUGCAGUUCUGCAGCAGGAAAAGCAUGCGGCACUUGAGCAUGCAAUCGCUGUACGUG